AUGGCGGACAAGGUCAAGCACCCCUCAUCGCUGCCCGAGCUGCAGGCCCUCUUUUCCAGCACCACAUAUGUCGCCGUCGACUUCUUCGCCGACUGGUGCCCGCCGUGCAAGCAGAUCGCGCCCAUAUGGCAAAAGCUGGCCGAGCAGCACAGCGUCCCCGGCCAGCUGGCCUUUGCCAAGGUGAAUGUGGACCAUGCACAGGACGUUGCCCGCGCCUACGGCAUCACCGCCAUGCCCACGUUCAUGUUCUUCAAGGAGGGCAAGCAGGUCGCUGUCCACGGCCAGGCCAAGGUCCAGGGCGCUGACCCGCGGGCCUUGAUGGCCGCUGCCGAAAAGCUGGGCGGUCUGGCGCAGAAGAGGGCUGCCGAGGCUGGAAAGGCAUAA